GUGGUUAGGAGGUCGACUGGGGCUAUAUACAGGGGUCUCAAUCCCGCCAGAUUUGAAAGAGACAGACACAGAAACAAAUCUUUCAAUUAUCUGACUACCCACCUCCAAUCGACAACAACCAUGGCUUCUGAAAUCCAGUUCCGCACUGCUAUCGCAGCCGUCAACGAUAACUCCAGACUUCGUGUUUACUUCCAGGAUCCGCAUGCCCGAAUCCGCGAGACCCAGUACGAAGGCAGCUGGAAGGGUGGCCAAGUUGGCGAUACCAUUGCCUUUGCCAAACACGGCACCCCGCUGGCUGCCUGUACCGAUAAAUUGAGAGAGACACACGUGUUCUAUCUUUCCUCGUUGAACUUCUUGCGCCAGCGGUCCUACAAUCCCGCUUGGGCUUGGGGAAAUGGUGAUAUCGGGUAUUACAAUGUGCAGGCGGCACCGUACUCUAAGCUGGCAGCCGUCUACUUGACGGACAAGGUGCCGGAGGAGACUAUCCACCUGUUUGUGCAGAAUACGAACGAUGAGAUCCAGGAGUGGAAGUGGACAUCCUCUGGUGGAUGGACAGCAGGCGAUAUCUUGGGCAAAGCACUGCCAGGCUCCACCAUCGCUGCCACCAAGUGGGAGGAUAAUAUCCGAGUCUACAUCCAAGAAGACAACCAAAACAUCGUGCAGAAAUGCUACAGGAGCGACAAGGGCUGGUGGGACAUGAACCAAGUCAUCGUCUCCAAGGUCCCCAUCCAGGCCGGAUUCGACGUCACCUGCUUCUACUGGGACGUUUCCAAGGGUAUCAACCUCCGUCUGUACUGGGCCAACUCGGACGGUUCGUUCUGGCAGUGGUGCUGGGAUGCACCGGGCAAGACGUACGCGGGCAAGAUGGCCGGCUCGACUAUCUUGGGCACGGAGAUCGCGGCUAUUGCCUGGUCGAAUGUUCCCGAGCUGCGGGUUUACUACCAGGGCGGAACGAAUGUCGCUGGUAUCACUGAAUGGUUGUAUGGAAAGGUCAACAACUCUUCAGUUGGAGCAACUGGCAAGAACCCUUUGCCUCCUGCUUAGGAUGAUCUAAGCGAAGAUGAUGUUUCGCAGAUUAGUGAUGGGAUACUUCAGUCAAUUUAAAUUAUUACUCAGUGGCCCAAGCUCCGUAGAAAUGCCCAUCGAGAUAGCGUUAUAUAUAUAGGAUUUGCAAACACUACGUACAAUUCUAUCAGUGCCUCUGUUCUCAUAGCUAUUGAUCGGAUGGAUAAAUUGACAUUACUUUACCCCAUGCUGCCUGAGCUGAC